CUGCUGUACCGUCCGUGUUGGAUCGUUUUUUUUUCUCUUGCGUUCUCUUACAGUACCAAGCUAAUUCCUUUGCGCCAACGUUCUCCCCCACGGAUGGUCGAGUCGUCGUGGCUUCUCCGUCGAGCUCAUGGUUAUCCGAUCAUGGGCUGGAUGGAUGGAUGCGCAGACAUUCGACGCCGUGGAAGGAGUCGUAAAGGCGCCAUCUUAUUAUACAGGCCCGCCACCCCCGGAUCCCGCCAAAAACCCCUUCCUUUCAAACUUAGGAUUCUUGAAGAUGUUAGGGCAGAAGAAGACCACCCGAGGUUUGUCACCGGCGAACGCUUGAAGACUCUCGCAAACACAUGCUCAUUUUUUUUUGAUCAGACGGGCAACCGGCGAAACGACGAGGUCCCAAGCCGGACUCCAAACCUGCCCUAA